AUGAGUGCCUUACUACACUACCUCACCACCGGUGAGGGCUGCGACGUGAUCAUAAUCUGUCGCGGACAGUUCUUCUUUGUUCACAAGGCCAUCAUCGCUACUCACUCUCCGAUGCUGGAACGAGAUGCUUGCAAGUCAUCGUUCCUCGAUGACGAGGCAUACACUCUGGACGCAGUCUCCCCCGAUGUCUUUCGCAAAGUUCUCACUUUCAUGUACACUGGCAACAUCCCUGAGUCUUGCCAGAGCGCACUCGCUGCUUCAGCUCAACGUCCUCUCCACGAAAGGUUUCCUUUGACCGACGCCUUCCUCGUCACCACAAAGGGUCGGUCGACUACUGUCAGCCUGCCAGAUGGCUCGGAAGAGACGGUCGACACCAUGACGAAUGCGGACAAAUGGACAGCCUUACUGGCAAAGCAAGCCUCGAUUAAGGAUCCCUACGAUUUCCUCCCAUGCCAGAAAUCGGACGACAUCUUCCCGGAGCUCAAUGUGUACCUCGCAGCAAAGCAGCUGGAAAUGGGAUCCUUGAAGAGUAUCACCAUGCAAAAAAUCCUUGCUUGGUUUGAAAAGGAACUACAUGCCGGGUAUCCGUUGUCCGACGCUUUCCAUGUCUGGGCAGGCUUCAUUCUCAAAGCAUACGAAGACUUCAUCCAACCGUUUUUCAAAAUCUGUACCAGACACCUUCCUGUUGUCGAGAAAGACAGUGCUCUGGCAUCUUUGCUUGAAGAACACAACCCAAGUCUUUGGGAAGUGAUGAUGUCCAUCCGUACGCAGUGGCAGAAGGAACUCGUGGACCAGCGGGAUGAGUUGCAAAAGAGCCAGGAACGGGUUUCGCGUCUGCAGACUGAUGUCGACAAACAGAAGGCUGCUUCGAUCGAUCUGGAGAAGGCAUAUAAAUCAAGAAUGGAGGCCUUGGAGAAGUCACUGGACCUGGCAAAUGGCAGGACCCGAGCUGCGCAAGCAAUGGCUCAACAACUCGACAACCUCACCCGUUCUUUGCAACAGGAUCUGUUGAAGGAGAAGGCCAACGCAAUUCGGUUGAAAGAAAACAAUGCCCAGAAAGAGAACCAAGCUCCGAAGCACGACCCUGCUGCUCCAAAACUUCAGAAGAAAAUUGAGGAGUUAAAGGAAGUGGUCAGGAACAAGGAAACGGCCCUGGAGCAGUCCAAAGCAGCCAAUAGCAAGAUUAAGGAGGAACUGCGAGACGAGAACGAGGAUCUCCAAGAUGAAAUUGAGGAUUUAACGGCAAUGGUCAAGAGCAAGGAACAAGCACUUGAGCAGUCCAAAGCAGCCAACAACAAGAUCAAGGACGACUUGCGAUAUGAGAAAGAGGAGCUGCGCAAAGAGCUUUCGAAGAUGAAAGAUGCAUUUGCGGGUCUCAAGUGGCAUGUCAAUCAAGUAGGAGAAUGUCGUGGGUGUCGAAGGCGGUACAACAUCCGCAUCAUACAUGAGCAGCGACACGCAUCGAUGGGAAUUGCAUGCGUGUAUUGCCCUUGCGAUGAAGUAUGGCGUGGAGAGGACAGGUGA